GGAAGCCGCAACAUUAAAAAUACACGUGGGUGUUGACGAGUCAGGAUAUCACAAUUGGUAAGUCUGAGUUAUUAUUUCGGGAACCUAAAAGUUGGUGUGACCUGCCGGCGGGUACUUGGGUAGUCCGCUUCGGCUCUUCCACCGUUGGAGCUUGGAAUGGAGGGGACUUGGAAGGACGGGAGGGGGGUUGUCGGAUCAUACUUUAACCGUGCCUAUCUGCAGUCUUACUAGGAGGGACUGAUGACCAAAUUUGUAGUGGGCUAAGUGGGUUUCGCCAGGAUCUGGGCCUUUUCCUUAGCUCAUGUUCCUAAAGAGAAAAAAAAAAAAAAAAAAAAAUUUCGAGUUGAAGAAAUUCAAAUCGCCUCCACCACGCGCCUUAUUUCUUCUUCUAUAAGGUCGUGUGCAGGUAAAACACUUCCUCCAAUACCUCAAUCGUUACUUUCUUUGAGGCAAUUACAAUUUCUCUGCCAAGAUGCUCAAGUCUUCUUUGCAGAGGCAUGCCCGCCUGGGCAACUUGGCCCGUCGCCAGAUCUCGACCUUGGUCUCGCAGCAAAUUCGCUCUCGACCGGUCGUAGCAUCUUGCCAGAGACUGGCGCAAUCUGAACGACAGGUCGUUCCUCUCAGACAGAUCGCACUGCGACUAUAUUCUCAACAGUCUGCCGCAGCGCCAUCAAGCGCGCGGACUGACGACUCCCCAGCUUCCAUAUAUAAUGUCACCCGAUUCGAAGAUCUAACAAAGCUAGGUGUUGAUGAACGGAUUAUCCGAGCCAUCACUGUGGAUAUGGGAUAUGAUACCAUGACUGAAGUUCAGUCCUUAACUAUCAACCCAGCUCUUAAGGGAGUCGAUUUGGUGGCCCAAGCAAAGACUGGAACGGGAAAGACAUUGGGAUUCCUCGUCCCUGUCUUCCAGCGUCUCAUUGCGUCUGAUUCGAGUCUUGCAUCCCCGCAACACCGCAUGAGGGCUUCCUCAGAGGAUAUCCGUGCUAUAAUUCUGUCUCCCACUCGCGAGCUAGCAGAACAGAUUGGCGUUGAAGCCAGGAAGCUAGCCCGACACACGGGAAUUGUCGUCCAAACCGCCGUUGGUGGCACAAGGAAGCGGGAAGCUAUGCACAAAAUGAAUCGGGAGGGAUGCGACGUGCUCGUUGCCACUCCCGGUAGACUUUACGAUAUCAUGACUGAUCAGAGUACCCGCGUUGCUGCGCCCAGAAUACAAUCGUUCGUAUUGGACGAGGCGGACCGCAUGCUGGAUGUUGGGUUUGCGGACGCUAUCCGUGAAAUUGUAGACAUUCUCCCCCCAAUUCGCGAAGUUGACCGUCAAACGCUCUUAUACUCUGCAACUAUUCCCCGAGAUGUUGUACACCUAGCCAAGAGCAUGGUCAAGACGGACAAUUUUGAUUUCGUGCAAACCAUCAACCCAGACGAGACCCCGACCCACGCACGUGUGCCGCAACAUCUUGUGGCUACAAAGGGUUAUGAGAAUUGGUUCCCAGCUGUCAUGGAACUUGCCGACCGGGCAAUUGAACAAUCCAAGCAGGACCCUGAUGCCCUCCCUUUCAAGGCCAUCAUCUUUUUCUCAAACACUGCUACCGUCCAAUUUGCCAACCGCGUCUUCAAGAGUACUUAUCUAGGACAUAGGUUGAAUGGUGUGCCGAUCUUCGAUAUCCAUUCAAAGCUUAGCCAGGAUACACGAACUAGGAACGCCGAGGCCUUCCGCCGUGCCCGGACCGGUAUUCUUAUCUCUUCAGAUGUCACCGCGAGAGGAAUGGAUUUCCCCAAUGUAUCCCACGUCUUUCAAUUAGGCCUCCCCCCUGACAGGGACCAAUAUAUCCACCGAGUCGGCCGAACAGGUCGUGCUGGAAAGAAUGGAGAGGGUUGGUUGAUCCUUUCUGAGGACGAAAUCAAGGAAGCUCGUUAUCGUCUUCCUGGCUUGCCCAUUAAGCCUAACCAGACUGUUAAAAGUGCAACCCACGUCCCAGGACAGGGUACACCAGAUCCAGAAGUGGCCAAAUAUUUCGACGAGGUAUCCAGGGCCUACGAGCGUGCCCCACGAGAUCUCUUUGCAGCUACCUAUAAUGCUAUGCUUGGCCAAAAGUUCGGUAGGACUCUGAACGUCGAGGCUAUCGUCCGACUCCUUAACAAUUGGUGUUUGAAUGGGCUUCGUUGGGAACAGACGCCUGCUAUCAGCCCCAAGUCAGCCAAGAACCGUGGCUUAGAUAGAGUACCUGGAAUCAGGAUCGGAAUCGAUACGUAUGAAAGAGAUGAUGAUCGCCGAGGUUUUGGUGGCGGGUUUGGUGGCGGCCGAGGUGGUGGCGGUUUCGGUGGUGGUUUCGACCGACGAGGUGGUGGAUCCAACCGAAACGAUAAUUUUAACUCGGGCUCUCGAUUCGGCUCUAGAGAUCGUCGAGACAACGAUCCGUUUUCCCGGCGCAUAAAUACGGAUUUCGACUCUCGAAGACAACCUUCUCGAGCAUCGUUCUAGAGAACUCGCGGCUUCUUCCGGAAUGGAAGUAGUAGUUGAUUUCCUGAGAUGCAUCGUCUCGUGCUUAAUUUUCUAAUGUACUAUGCUGCUUCGGAAACCAGACCCCCUUCCUA